GGUGUCAUCCCUCUGCUCUGUUUGCAGAAAGCACCGGGAAAUCAUGUCAGACACCGACGAUGACUUCGAUAUGCCGGACAGCACGCUGUUCAGCCGGCCUGGCAGCAAAGACAAGGACAAGGCUUCUGCAGCGCAGAACAAGAAGAAAUCGACACCUUCGUUCAUGAGCGGCUUGGAUGCGCUCGUCGCGGAGUCCACCCUCAACGCGGAGAGGUCCGAGAAGAUCAGCGAGAUCAUGAACCUGGGUGAAGACAUUCUCGAGAAGGACUUGCUGAAGACGGAACAGCAGAAAGCAAGGACGGACGCAUUCGAGGCCAAGGACAAGGCGGACCACAAGGCCAUCAUGGAGGACACGUCCAUCAGAAUCCCGGGGGUCAUCCGAGUUUUCCGACAACCCGAGGAACAAGGGCCGCCAGAUCUGAGGUUCGAGCCCCCCCAGCCUGCGGGAGAGCUGUCGGUUCUGGCAGAGGCCGUGAAACUCGCAGAGAGCGAUCCGGCGGACCUGGAAGAACUCCUUCGAUCCGGUCUCGUGCCGUGGCUGAGGAAGAAGCUGAAAGGAAAAGGAAAGACCGUGCCCCCGGAGGUGUUCCGCUGGCUGCUGCGCUUGGUUACCCGGCACGAGGCGUGCGCGGUUGUGGCGGCCGCAGAAGAAACCCUGCUCCGGCUCUUGGCUGAGGAUGACAUGGGGUGGAGGAUCCGUUACCAGGACAUCCUCGAUGUCUGGCGCGCUUGCGGUGCGGUGUGGCUACCCGCCGCUAGCAGCAGCGGUGAUGCUAUGGUUGAUGAAGGAGAGGAGGAAGAGGAAGAGGAGGAGGAGGAGGGAGAGGAAAACGUGUGCUUGAGAAGAAACCUGGGGCCGGCGUUGAACAUUGUGGUGGCGUGUUUGCGAAGAGGGUGA